AUGACUUCCAAACUCAUCCCCCAACACCCUGACGACGUAAUGGUCAUCCGCGACCUCGUCCCCGGCAUAACCACACUCUCUGUCCCCUUCUUACGCUUCGGACAUAUAAAAUUCGGUGGACGAGCUACAAUUGUCAAGAUGCAAUCCGGCUCCCUCGCCGUCUUCUCCCCCGUCGCCCUAACCCCCACCGUAAAAGCCAAGCUCGAAUCCCUCGGCAACAACGUCGCCUACAUCACCGCGCCAGACCUCGAACACCACAUCUUCCUGUCAGCCUGGGCGUCCGCCUUCCCCUCCGCGCACAUCAUCGCGCCCGAAGGCCUGGCCGAGAAACGCGCCAAGCUGAACCAGACCGACAAAGAAGUAACCAUCGUGCCCAUCAACACGGUCUUCACAGCCAAGGAUAAAGCCGCGAUCAAAGUUUCCGACGAGUUUGAUGCCGAGUUUCAAUAUGAGUUUGUAGACGCGCAUCCGAAUAAGGAGUUGGUGUUUUGCCACAAGCCGUCCCGCACGCUGAUCGAGGCCGACUUGCUGUUUAACCUACCGGCUACGGAACAGUAUUCGCGCACGGGGGAGAAUCCAGCGACGGGGUUGGCUACGAGGUGUUUUGCGGGCAUACAGAAUACGAAGGGGCAGGCGAUUUGGCAGAAACGCAUGUUGUGGUAUGUGUUUAGCAAGGCGGAUCGGCCGGGGUUUAAUGAUAGUGUGCGGAGGAUUAAUUCUUGGGGGUUUGAGAAUCUGGUGCCGUGUCAUGGGGAUUCGAUUGUGGGAGAUGGGGAAGGGGGUUUUCGAGAAGGUUAUGCAGUGGCAUUUGGAGGGGUUGAAGAAGUGAGGAUGAAUGGUAAUGAAGGUGGUGUUUUGAUAGCUGAUUUAGUCGUUUUAUUGCAGCGGCGAAGGGCGUAA